UCAGCUUCAGCUUUCAGUUGCGUUCUGCCACGAGAGGCAAGCACUUCGCCGCGCUGAGGACGUGGAGGAUUCGCUCCUUAACACUUUCUGCUUGUUGUUGACACCUGUUGUCGGUGCGACAAUAAGAACCGCCGUCCCGCGUUGACAGUGCCGAGACAGUUCGUGUGUGCCUUAGUGUGUGAAAGUUCAAACGAGUGACGCGUGGAUUGAAAUGAAAAUUGUGUUUUCGUGUGUAGUGCUUCUCUGAUCACCUUACCUCCACCGGCAUCGGAUUUUCUUUUUUUGCUCUCAUCUUUUGGAUACCCACCACCGUCUUUUGAUCGGAUAAUUUCAACGUGGAAAGGUGAGCCUUGUGGCAGUGCCAAUGUGGACUGGCCGAUGGGCUCUACCGAGGAGGAGAGACGACUAGUCCUGCGAGGCCCCGAGCAGGGCCUGCAGGGCAAGCAGGGCCAGCCAUGGCGACCCAGUAUGAACUUCUGGCCGGUGGCAGCAUGAGUCAGCGCGAAGAUGUUGCCAAAUUUGAACAGCUGCGCAUCAAGGCGCUCCAGGAGGAGCGACUCCACAUCCAGAAGAAGACCUUCACAAAAUGGAUGAACUCCUUCCUUCAGAAGGCUCGGAUGGAGGUGGAGGACCUGUUCACGGACCUGGCCGACGGCAAAAAGCUGCUCAAGCUGCUGGAGAUCAUCUCCGGCGAGAAGUUGGGCAAGCCCAACAAUGGCAAGAUGCGCGUGCACAAGGUGGAGAACGUGAACAAGUCCCUGGCGUUCCUGUCCACCAAGGUUCGCCUUGAAAGUAUUGGUGCAGAAGACAUAGUUGAUGGCAACCCACGACUUAUCUUGGGUCUUAUUUGGACCAUAAUUCUUCGCUUUCAAAUUCAAGAAAUCGAGAUUGAUGUGGAUGAAGAAAAUGAGAGCAGUGAAAAGAAAUCAGCUAAAGAUGCCUUGCUGCUUUGGUGCCAAAGAAAAACUAAUGGUUACUCAGGAGUUCAAAUUCAUGAUUUCACUGGUUCAUGGCGUAGUGGACUUGGUUUCAAUGCACUUAUUCAUGCCCAUCGACCAGACCUGAUUGAUUUCCCAGCUUUGCAACCAACCCGUCAUAUUGAUAAUCUUAAUAAUGCUUUUGAUACUGCUGCUACACAUUUAGGAAUCCCAAGUCUUUUAGAUGCAGAGGAUGUUGAUACUAGUAGGCCUGAUGAAAAGUCCAUCAUCACUUAUGUAGCAUCUUAUUACCACACUUUUGCCAGAUUGAAAAAUGAAAUGAAAAGUGGUCGAAGAAUUGCAAAUAUUGUUGGUCAGAUGAUGGAUGCUGACAAGAUGAAGAUCCAUUAUGAAAGGCUAACGUCAGACCUCCUUCAGUGGAUUCGUAUGAAAAUCAGUGAACUAGAAGACAGAAACUUUCCCAACUCCCUCGAAGGAAUUCAAAAAGAAUUGCUGAGUUUCAAACAGUACCGCACUGUAGAAAAGCCACCUAAGUAUAAAGAACGCAGUGAAAUUGAAGCUCUCUACUUCCACAUUAAUACGCAAUUGAAGUCAUUAAAUCAACCAGCCUUUACUCCUCAAGAAGGUCAGCUUAUUCAUGAUUUAGAGAAAGGGUGGGAACAAUUAGAAAGAGCUGAGCAUAGACGUGAAGUUGCACUAAGGCAAGAACUUUUAAGACAAGAGAGACUUGAACAAUUAAAUUACAAAUUUGAGAGAAAAAGUGUUCUCCGAGAGGGAUACCUGAAAGAAAUGAUUCAAGUGUUAUCGGAUCCUCGAUAUGGCAGUAAUUUAACCCAAGUUGAUGCCACUGUCAAAAAACAUGAAGCAAUAAGUGCCGACAUCAUGGCACGUGAGGAGAGGUUUCAUGACCUAAGCAAUAUGUCAGCGGAACUUGUGCGUGAAAAAUACCAUGGUUCCGAAAGGGUCCAACAAAGAGAAACAGAGGUGUUGGAAAGGUGGCGUGAACUUCUUGCCCUUCUUGAAAAGCACAAAGAAAAUCUCAGUCUUCUUUGUGGCCUGAUGGCUAUCCUGCGAGAAAUGGACACUGUGAUGACAGCUAUUAAAGAUUUACAGGAUAACUUUCAAUCACAAGAUGUUGGCCCUCAUUUGCUUGCUGUUGAAGAUUUACUUCAGAAACAUAGCUUAAUGGAGCUGCAAGUCACAGCAAUAGGAGAGACACAGAGACGUCUUGGGCGGCAGGGACACCAGUAUAUGAGUAGCGGUCACCGCGAAGCAGCGACUCUUCAGCAGCGACUUGAUGGUCUGAAUGAAGCAUAUGACAACCUCCUUGAGUGCAGCAAACAGCGACGUGCCCGUCUGGAAGAAGCUCGCAACUUCUUUCAGUUUAUUCAAGAUCAUGAGGAUGAGGAGGGUUGGAUAGUUGACAAACAGAGAAUUUGCAAGACAGGAAUAUCGGCCAAAGAUCUUCGUGCUGUUCUGAGCCUUCAGCAGAAACACAAAGUGUUACAGGAUGAAAUGAGUAUGCGACGUCCAAAGUCAGAACAGGUUUGUGAGGCAGGCCGGGCUCUUAUAACUGAUAAACAUCCCAAAUCUCAUGAAAUUAAUACUCGUAUCAGUGGCCUCCAAGAACAGUGGAGCACUUUAAAUGAAUUAGUUGCCCUACGCCGGAAACAACUUGAAGAUGCUGCUGAAGCUUAUCAGUUUUAUACGGAUGCCAAUGAAGCAGAAUCAUGGUUGAAUGAAAAAAUGGCGAUAGUGGCUUCAACAGACUAUGGCGAGGAUGAACCCUCUGCUCAAGCAUUGCUUCAACGCCACCGAGAUCUCCAGGGUGAACUCAAUGCAUAUAGUGGUGACAUUCAAAGUCUUAACAGUCAGGCUGAGAAGCUAGUCAAAGCAGGCAUCUCUACUUUAGAACUGUCGGCAGAGCCUGAACCCCUCUCUGAGGCGGAUGGGGGCGAUGAGGAGGAGUGGGUGAAUGAGAUGCGUUUGGUGCCCCAAGAAGUUUGGGAGGAAGAACCAGUUGAAAGAACUGAGUACCGUACUGUUACAGAAGAAAGGCUAGUGCCUCAAGUUAAGAGUCAGUACCCUUUCAAUGGUCAGGGUAUGGUAAUGGAAAAAGGAGAGGUAAUGUACCUUCUGAAUAAAACAAACGAUGAUUGGUGGAACGUUCGCAAGACAAAUGGUCAAGAUGGAUUUGUACCUGCUAAUUACGUUCGUGAAAUUGAGCCUAAAACAGUUCAAGUUCAAGUCAGACGACCAGAAAAAAUAAAAGAAGUGAAAAGAAUCAGGAAAACUAAGAUGGUAAAACAGGUCAUUCCUGUAAGAAAACAGAAAGCACCUAAACCUCCAGGAAGAACAUCAAGAAGGAAAUCAACUGAUGAUGAGAAUCAAAAUGUAGAAAAGCGUCAGCAGAAAAUAAAUCACACUUACAAGCAACUUCAAGACAUGGCAGUUCGAAGACACGCUCUUUUAGAAGAUUCAAUUCAUCUUUUUGGGUUUUAUAGAGAAUGUGAUGAUUUUGAAAAGUGGAUCAAAGACAAAGAAAAGAUGCUAAGAGCUGAUGAUAGUACAGAUACUGUUGAAACUGCCAAGAGGAAGUAUGAGAAAUCUCCUAAAGAGAAAGAGUCAAAGAAAGGACGACAAAGCAUUGAUUCAAAUUCUGCAAAAAUCAGCUUAGUUUCAAAUCUUAAAUUUCUCACUGAUCUGUCAGCCUCUGGGAAACGAGUGGAAGCUAUUGAUGCUGCUGUGGAGGAAUUCGUUCGUCAGGGUCAUAGUCAGCUUGACAAAGUCAAAGCACGGCAAAAUCAAAUUCAUCAGUUAUGGGAUCAUCUGAAUUGGUUGAAGGGUCAAAAAGAACGUAGUCUAGAGGGUGCUUCAAGUGUUGAACUGUUCCAUCGAACAUGUGAUGAAGCUCGAGAUUGGAUGCAAGAAAAGAUGACUCAAUUAGACACAGCUGAGCUGGGGCCAGACUUGAAAACUGUUCAGGCCUUGCAAAGAAGGCAUUUACAUCUGGAAAGAGAACUUGCUCCUGUCCAGGAGAAAGUAAACAGAGUAAACCUGUUAGCCAAUUCUGUGAAGUCAUCAUAUCCAAAUGAGAAAGGAAAUGUGAAUGCUCGGCAGAAAGAAGUACAGGAGUUGUGGGAGAAGGUUAAGACCAAAGCAAUUGAACGCAGGUCUAGAUUAGAAGAUGCUGUUGGACAACAAAUCUUCAUGAACAGCUCGAAGAAUUUGCUGAGCUGGGUACAUUCUGUGAAAGAUGCAUUGAAUGCUGAUGAGACCGCUAGGGAUCUUGCCACUGCAGAAAGCCUCUUGAAGAAGCAUAGUGAGCUUGGGGAUGACAUUCGUACUCACGAGGAUGAGUUUCAUGAAGUGUCUGAUCUCGGAAAACAACUUCUCCAACGGAACCCAAAUUUGACUGAAGUUCAAACUCGCAUUGUUAAAUUAGCUGAAGAACAAGAGGCUGUUGCCCGAGGUUGGCAAGAAAAAGGAUCCUGGCUGGACCAGUGCAGAGACUUGCAAAUCUUCAAUAAGGAAGCUGAUGCUAUUGACACCACCACAUCUAGCCAUGAAGCAUUCCUUGAAUUCACAGACCUUGGUGGCUCACUUGAUGACGUUGAAGCUCUUUUAAAGAGGCAUGAAGAUUUUGAAAACAUGUUAAAUGCCCAAGAUGAAAGGUCUAAAAUUUUUAGUGAAAUGGCUGACAAGCUUAUUGCUGCUGGUCAUUACGACAGUAAAGGGAUUGAUGACCGCCGCAUGCAAAUCCUUGCUAGACGUAAGGCUGUUAAGGAAUCUGCAAAGAUAAGACGAGCUGCUCUCCUUGCUUCUCACAACUUCCAGGAAUUCGUAGCUAACAGUGAUGACCUACGAGGAUGGUUAGGGGAUAAAUUACGAACUGCUGGAGAUGAAAGUUACAGAGAUCUUAGCAAUAUUGAACGUAAACUACAGAAACAUGAGGCAUUUGAGAGAGAAUUGCGUUCUAAUGGUGGACAGUUACGUAAUGUGAACAAGAUGGGACAAGCUCUCAUUUCGGAAGGAAAUUACCGCAGUCCAGAAGUUCAAAAAAUCUUAGACAACCUUAACACUGCUUGGGAAGAAUUAGUUCAAGUGUCAAGAAACAAGGGAGCUCGUCUCAGACAAGCUGCAGCUCAAAAGAGUUACAACCGCAUGCUGGAAGACGCACAAAUAAAAUUAGAGGAAAUGGAAAUGGCUUUACAGUCAAAACAACUUGGAGUAGAUCUUCGAAAUUGCAAACAACUGAUUAAGAAACAUCAGGGACUAGAAAGUGAUAUGAACCAAUGGGACCAACGUGUCAAUGACUUGGUAAACAAUGGCGAAGAAAUGGCCCAUGAAGGGCAUUUCGAUGCUGAGAAUAUUUUGAAAGCUAGCAAAGAUUGUCAACAAAAGUUUGCAUCUCUAAAAGUACCAGCCCAGGCGCGACGGGAAGCGUUAGAUGAAAGUCUUCGCUUUCACAAAUUUGGAUUUGAGCUUGCUACGGAGUUGGGCUGGAUUCGUGAACACAUGCCUCUUGCUGCAUCUGACACUCUUGGAAGCAAUCUUCAUCAAGCCCAGUCCAUGUAUAAGAAGCACAAAAAAUUGGAAUCAGAAAUAACAGGUCAUCAACCUAUGAUAGACCGUACCUUGGCUUCAGGGCAAAAUCUUGUCAGUGAAGGGCAUCCUGAAGUUAAACAGAUUGACAACUUGUGUCAGCAACUGAUAGACUCUUGGAAGGAGUUGAAUGAUAAGGCUGCAGAGAGAGCUAAGAAAUUAGAGCUUUCCCUGAAGGCCCAGCAAUUCUUCUUUGAGGCUGGGGAAGUAGAGAGUUGGCUAACUGAAAGGAAUGACGUGCUUAGCUCCACUGAUUAUGGAAGAGAUAGAGAUGCAGCUACCAAACUGUUGACUAAGCAUAAGACACUUGAACUAGAACUAGACUCAUACAGUGGGAUUGUGAGUGAAAUGGGCCAUACAGCCAAUGCAAUGGUUAAUGCAAAACACCCUGAUGCCAAAGCCAUAGCUAGUAAACAACAAUUACUGUCGCAACAAAUGCGGACCUUACAAAAGUUAGCCACUGCCCGGCAGCAACGACUUAUGGAGUCAAUGUACAGGCAUGAGUAUUUCCUUGAAAGUGCCGAACUUGAACAGUGGAUCAGAGAACAAAGUCAAGUUGCAGCCUCUGAGGAUUAUGGGCAGGAUUAUGAACACCUUCAGAUUUUACAAAAUAAAUUUGAUGAACUGAAGCGCAGUGUUGAAGCUGGGUCUGAGCGAUUUAAUCAGUGUGAGGAAUUAGCAAAGAAACUCAUUGCAAAUGAAAGCCCGUAUAUUCCUGAUAUCGAAAAGCGUCAAGUCCAACUAAGUGCUGACGGGAUUGAGAGGCUCGACAACGAGAAUCCUGUGCGACAGGUAGCUGAGCGUCAUGCUGCAAACAAGGAGGCGUGGCAACAGCUACUUAAUCAGAUGUCCCAUCGUGAAAGACGACUCUCAGCUGCUGGAGAAAUUCAUCGAUUCCACCGUGAUGUAGCUGAGGCUCUAGCUCGUAUUAAUGAGAAAAUGGCAGCAUUACCAGAUGAUAGAGGGCGUGAUUUAAAUUCAGUUUUGGCCCUCAUCAGGAGGCAUGAAGGAUUUGAAAAUGAUUUGGUGGCAUUGGAAGCACAACUGCAGGUUUUAGUGGAGGAUGCUGCUCGACUUCAAGCUUUGUAUCCUGGUAAUAAUGCUACACAAAUUGCACAACAACAGACUGUUGUCUUAUCAAGCUGGACGGCUCUACAAAAUCGAAGUGCUCAGCGUAGGGAAGAGCUCCAAGCUAGUUGUGAUUUACAACGCUUCCUAACUCAGGUUCGUGAUCUCUUCAGCUGGGCAUCUGGACUUCGAGCGGCUAUGCUGACUGAAGAAAAAGUUAGAGAUGCAGCUGGUGCACAAACUCUUAAAGCAGAGCACGAGGCUGUUAAAGCAGAAAUAGAGGCUCGUGAGGAUAACUUCAAGACAGUGUUAGAGUUAGGAGAGGCCAUGAUUCAAGGGCAACACUAUGCCUCUCAGGAAAUCCGAGAGCGAUCUGAUCAAUUGCUUGAAGAGAGGCAAAAACUGCAUGCUGCGUGGCAGCACAAGAAGGUACACCUUGAUCAACUUAUUGAUUUGCAUUUCUUCCUCCGAGAUGCAAAGCAAAUUGACACUAUCAGUGGAUCCCAGGAAGUGGCCCUAGCUGGCUCUAACUUUGGUCAUUCUGUUGAUGAAGUCACUGCUGCAAUGAAAAAGCAUGAUGCUUUUGAAAAACUACUUGGAACACAGGAAGAGAAAGUACUUGCAUUACAAGAACAUGGUGACAAACUUCUUGCCCAAAGGCAUUUUGAAAGCCAGUCUAUAGCGCAAAGAUUAGCCCAAGUUGUAGAACGACGUGUCAAAGUAAAGGAUCUGUGUGCCACAAGGAGAGGUCAUCUUGAAGAUGCCCUACUUCAUGCUCAGUUUAUCCGUGAUGUUGGAGAGGCAGAACUCUGGAUUGAUGAAAAGCAAAAGAAACUGGAAGCAGAGGCCGGAAAAGGAGAGGGCAACUCACUUGAGGAAAAGAUAAAGAAGCUCCAGAAACACCAAGCUUUUCAAGCAGAGCUUUCAGCAAAUCAAGGGCGGAUUGGUGAAAUUCAGGAGAAAGGUGAAAUGCUGUUGAGGAAGAAGCAUAAGUCAUCUCGAGAAGUGAGACAACAGCUGGAUCAGUUAUUAUCCUCAUGGCGCACUUUACUCCAAGAAUCAAGUAAUCAUGGAAGAGGAUUAGAGGAAGCUCAAGAUAUUCUUGAAUUUAACAACCAAUUGGAGAAAAUUGAAGCAUGGAUAAGGGAUAAGGAAAUGAUGGUACAAGCAGCUGACACUGGUAGAGACUAUGAACACUGUCUAGCAUUGCAGCGCAAACUUGAUGAUGUGGAUAGUGACAUGCGAGUUGAUGAUUCCAGGAUGAGGGCAAUAAAUGCUCUUGCUGAUAAAUUGAUUCGUCAGGGAAGAAGUGAUACUCGCUCAGUAGACCAGCGUCGUGAUCAAUUUAAUAGUAAAUUAAAGAGCCUUCAGGGUGCAUUAGGAGAAUACCGUGAGAGAUUGGCUGGAGCUCUUGAAGUUCACCUUUUCAAUAGAGAUGUUGAUGACACAGCUCAAAGAGUUGCUGAGAAAGCUGUAGCAAUGUCCAGUGAGGAUACUGGCCGUGAUUUAAUGGGUGUUGAACAGCUGCAACGCAAGCAGGAUGCACUUGAGCGCGACAUGACUGCUAUUGAAGGCAAACUGAAGGAACAUGAGAGCGAGGCCAAAAGGUUGUCUCAGAAGUAUCCUGACAUGGCAGUUCCAAUUUUCAACAAGCUGUCUGCACUCACCGACGAUUGGCGUAAUCUUCUUCAACUUUCUCGGAAAAGACGUGAUGCCCUUUCUGCUGCCUACACUUUACACAAAUUCAAGUCAGACUUGAAAGAACUCGAUAUUUGGGUAGGAGAGGCAAUUAAACGAAUGGGUUCAUCAGAACUGCCCUCCUCAGUGCCUGAAGCUGAAGCCAUGUUGCAGUUGCAUCAAGAAAGGAAAGCUGAAAUUGAUGGGCGUCAAGAAGCAUUUAAAUCCUUAAAGGAAUUUGGGCUUCGUAUUCCUGAAGCUGAGAAUGAUAUGAGUAAACUGGAAGAGUUAAGAAGAACUUUAGGAGCAGCUUGGGAGGAUAGAAAACAACGUCUAACUCAAGCUCACCAGCUUCAACUCUUCCGUGAGCAGACAGACCAGGCUCAUAGCUGGCUUGCUGGAAAAGAAGCAUUCCUGAAUAAUGAUGAUGUUGGAGAUUCCCUAUCAAGUGUAGAAGCUUUGCUCAGAAAACACGAAGAUUUUGAGAAAACACUUGUUGCACAAUUAAGUAGGGUAGAAGAGCUCGAAAAGUUUGCUUUAGAAAUCCUGUCUGACCACCACUAUGAUAGCAAUGCAAUCACUCAAAAAUUAAAAAGUGUGAUUUCUAGGCGGGAUCGUCUUAAGGAAGCUACUGCUGCCAGGCGCAAGCGGCUGCAAGAGAGUCGACAGCUUCACCAGUUCCUUAGAAAUAUGUAUGAGGUUGACGCAUGGCUGACCCAGAAGUUGCAGGUUGCCAGUGAUGAGAGUUACCGCGACCCUACUAAUCUUCAAAGUAAAAUUCAGAGACAUGCAGCUUUUGAAUCCGAGCUUACUGCAAACCGAGCCCGUGUGAAUGGUGUUACUGCUGAGGGUGAAGGGCUAAUUGGGGCUGGUCAUUUUGCCUCAAUGGAGAUACGUAUGCGUCUUGAUGAAUUAGAAACAGAAUGGCGCCGUUUGCAAGAUGCUAGUUUAUUGAAAAGGGAGAGGCUGAAUGACGCCUAUCAAGCGUUACUUUUUAGUCGUACGCUUGAGGAAAUGGAAACAUGGAUGGAUGAUGUUGAAAGUCAGCUAGCCUCUGAAGAUCAUGGAAAAGAUCUCAGCAGUGUUCAAAAUUUACUCAAAAGACACACUCUUUUGGAGAGUGAUGUUUUGGGACAUGCUGAGACUUGUGAACAGAUCAAGGACACUGCUGGUACAUUUGAGAGAUCUAAUCAUUUUAUGAAAGAAGAAAUACAGGAUAGAGCGGCAAAUGUUAUUAAAAGAUAUCGAUCCUUGCACGAACCUAUGCAAAUUCGACGAGAGAACUUAGAAGAUGCGUUGCUUCUCAAACAGUUAAUUAGAGACAUUGACGAUGAGAUGCAAUGGCUGGCUGAAAAAGAACCACAGGCUGCAUCUGAUGAUUUAGGAAGCAGCCUUACUGCUGUGCAGAGCCUCCAGAAAAAGCAUCAGGCCCUGGAAGCAGAGAUUCUUUCACAUGAACCAGUAGUAUCCAAUUUGUCUAAGAGGGCACAUCAAAUGGUUCAGUCCAAUCAUUUUGCCGCUCAACGUAUUGAAAAACUUAGCAGUGAAUUACAAGAAAAACUAGGAACUUUAAAAGAUAUCUCUAGCGUGAGAAGACUUCGCCUACUUGAUGCUGUUGAAUCUCAAAUGUUCUACGCUGAAGCAGCUGAAGCUGAAACUUGGAUGAAAGAAAAACGGCCAAUGCUUACCUCUAGUGAUGUUGGCAAGGAUGAGGAUUCAGUUUUAUCACUCUUAAAGAAACUUGAGUCAUGUGAAAGAGAUCUUAGUGCCUUCCAACAUACAAUCGGUCGCCUUGCAAAGCUGUCAAGUGGUCUAGUUGACAGAGGUCAUUUUGAUAGCGAAAACAUCAAGCAAAAGCAGGUUGACCUGGAAAACCAUUUUGCCCAGCUUCAGGUCCUCCACAAGAAACGUGAAGAGAGACUUAUUGAAAGUAGAAAGCUUUUCCGAUUUUUAAGAGAGGCUGAGGAAGUUGCUGAAUGGAUUGGAGAUCAAACUACUGUGGCAGCCUCAGAGGAUUAUGGGAGAGAUGUUGAGCACGUAGAACUUCUCAUACAGACCUUUGAGACUUUCCUUAGUGGUCUCUCGGCCAGUGAAGGUCGCGUGUCAGCUUGCCUCUCCUCAGGGAAGGCCCUAAUUGCUGAGAAGAACCCUGAAUCUGGGCGUAUUCAAAGUAAACUUGAUGAAACUCAACAGCUUUGGGAGGAUUUGAAAGAAUUGGCCCACGCCCGACAGGAGGCCCUUGCUGGAGCAAAGCAAGUUCACGUGUUUGAUCGGACAGCUGAUGAAACCAUCAGCUGGAUACAAGAGAAAGAUGCUACACUCAUUUCAGAAGGGUAUGGUCAGGACCUAGAAACUAUCCAAACGUUGGUGCGCAAGCACCAAGGAUUUGAAACCGACCUAGGUGCAGUAAAAGAGCAAGUGGAAUCUGUUGGAGAGGAGGCAGGACGGCUUGCUGAACUCUUUCCAGAUGCUCGGGAACACAUUGAAGUUAAGCAUGAAGAAGCAAUGGAAUGUUGGAAUGAAUUACUUGAAAAAGCUGCACAACGUAAAGAUAAGUUACAUCAAGCAGAACAGCUUCAAGCAUACUUCGACCAAUAUCGUGAUUUGAUGUCUUGGAUAAAUGAAAUGAUUGCCAAAGUGACAGCUCCCGACUUGGCCCAAGAUGUUCCUGGGGCAGAGGCUCUUAUAACUCGUCAUUCUGAACAUAAAGCAGAAAUUGAUACCAGGAGUGAAGCCUUUGACAAAUUUUAUACUACUGGGAAACAACUUAUAGAUCAGGGUCAUUUCCUAUCUGAUGAGAUUGAAGACAAAAUAUCAGUUUUGAAGCAACGCAGAAAGGUCCUGAAUGAUACUUGGUAUCUUCGCCAGACAAUUUAUGCACAAAACCUUGAUACUCAGAUGUUCAAGAGAGACGCUGAUCAGCUUGAAAACUGGCUGCAGUCAAGGGAGGCUACACUUCAUGAUCCCAAAUUGGGGGAAAGUAUAUUGCAAGUUGAAGAACUCAUUCGUAAGCAUGAAGACUUUGAAAAAACAAUUGAAGCCCAAGAGGAGAAGUUCAAUGCUCUUAAUAGAGUAACCUUGUUGGAGGAGGCAUUCCGUAAACAGCAACAGGCUGAGGAGGCUGCUCGCUUAGCUGAACGAGAACGAGUAGAGAAGGAACGCGUGGAGGCCCGGAAACGCAAAGAGGUUCAACGUAUUACUGAUGAACGAAGGCGUGAAGACGAAAGAAGACGUGUACCUGAAGUUAGGCUUGGGAGAGAUGAGGUCAAUGGAGACCGCCACGAUAGUUCGGGUAGUCUUGAGGUGAUUCCAUCUGGCUCAUCUGUCUUUAAUGAAGAUGAAACAUCAAUGGAAAGAGCUCUUCCUUUAACCAAAUCUAACUCUGUCUCUGCUGUUGAUACCACAAGGCUACAUCCUGAUAGCACUGAUACUGGUGUUCAAAAGUCUAGCAGUAUCUCUCAAAUGUUUAGGAAAGCUACAGGGGAUGUGAAGAGGGCAGAGAGUAUGCGAGUUGAACUUAAAAAGCCAAAGAGGACACCUAGCUUCACCACUCGCCGUCGUACUCAAAGUUUCCGGAAACUGCAGAAACUAGAGCAGCAGGUGGAGCUGCCUCCUGUGGAGAUUCAAGGAAUACUGGAUCGAAAACAUGAACUGCAGGGUGGUGGAAAGAAGGCUGCUGUACGCUCUUGGAAGUCUUACUACACAGUUUUAUGUGGCCAGCUUCUCUGUUUCUUCAAGGAUCAUGAUGACUUUGUUGAUAGCAAGGCAGCAACGUCACCAAUUAUUAUAUUCAAAGCUCAAUGCGAGAAAGCUGAUAAUUACACAAAGAAGAAGCACGUUUUCAGGUUGUGUGGAACUGAUGGCUCAAAGUUCCUAUUUUUAGCCCCUACAGAAGCAGAAAUGGAGGAUUGGGUCAAUAAAAUAACUUUUCAUGCUCAAUUGCCUCCUAGUUUACAACUGCUUAGUUAUGAUGAGUCGCAAAAGCAAAGUCAAAAUACAUUAGAACGGACACCAACUGUUAGCUCUAAUGUAGAUGUCAGCUCAGGAUCUAGUCCAGGCUCAUCACCUGAAACAAGCCCCCGACGUCCAAAUACUUUACCUUCUAAUUCCCUACCAAGGAAUUCAUCUGGUGUGUCUCAAGCACAGUUGUUACAACAGCAUCGAAUGAAUAAUAAUUUACCCCCACAAGUUGUGCCCCGAGCAGCUCCACCACCUAUACCACUUCGUUCACCUACCACAGAAGUUACUACUGACAAUAUGAGAGGAAGACCACAUGAAGGGGAACUUAUGAGGCCACCCUCAUUUAAUGCACAAUCACGAGGAUCUACCCUCCCUACGCAGCGUCCUCUGAUUCAGAAUGCAAAUUAUACCAAUGGUGAUAGUACAUGGAGGCACCAGAGUAGUCAAGAACUAACCUCACCUAUGCAAGAAGCCCCACCCCCGCUUCCGUCAUCGGCUCCCCCAAACAGACCACCUAUGGGUGGUCUGCCAGUUGUGCCACAACUUCACCAUCGAGACAGUUGGGAUACUUCAAUGGCGCAGCAGCCAAUUUACCGCAACUUUGGAACAGCUGGGAAACAGGCACAAACCCGCGAAGCCGUAGUGGUCUCUGUUGGAAGCACUAGUAGACCAAAUUCACUCCCACCAUAUGUGGCUCCUCCACCAGCAGGUUCAAUGCCAUACCAUCAGAAUGAUAGAACCAACUCUGGCAUUGGGGUUCAGCGAAGGCCCAGUGAAAGCUCAAGUGAAAGUGAGCAACAUUCAAACAAGGGAUCACGCUCACCUUCAAAUGCUAAAGGAAAAGAUAAGAGGUCAAGUGUGUUUAACAAUCUUUUUGGAAGAAAGCAGCGUUAGUUUCAUUACCAUUGAAGGUAAUUUUAGGAUCUAUAAUAGAAAAGUCAGGGUGUCAUUUUUGUAAAUAACCCUCAAAGUGAAUUCGAAGUUUGAUUAUUGUCAUUCAGUUUUAUGAUAACUUUAGAGAUUCUUAAAUGAAAUUUUUAAUAAUAAAUUUGAAGAGUGACCUGUUCACAAAUUGGGCAGACCCAAAGAUUUAUAAUUUAAGAAGUCCUUUGCUUACUUUUGAGUUACACAGUAUAUUGUAGGCUAUAGAAUGCAGCAAACUGGAUUUGUUGCAGUCAUAAGCAUUCAAUGCAAAUAUGUUGUACAGGUGAACCAGAAACCUGAUAAAAUUUUAAAAUUGAGCAAUUUUGAAUGUCAGACUGCAUAGGUAUCAAUCUAAUGGUCGCAGGGUUUUUGGUUCACCUGAAAUUAUAUAAAGGUACUCCCUUCUGUUUAUUACCUGUUUACAAUGUUUUUUGGAGCUUUAUGUGUACUGUUGCAGUUUUAUAUUUAUUACAUAUUGUAAAAAAUUAAUAAGCAAUUUAUAUCAUUUAUGUUUGUUACAAUUUCUUGUACUAUCCCUUUUUAUUUCUGAUGAAAAUAUGGUUUAUAAAUAUUCAUUGAACCACUUUUUGUAAAUACAUUCCAGAUAACUGGUUCAUUUCUGUAACAAGUUUCUGUUUUAUACUUUGUUGCGUACUUAUCCCAAAGCCUGUGCCAUCAGGAUUUAAUUGGUGUGUGUGAGAAUGCAUCCUAGAGUUAAGCUGUUAUGAUAUAAAUGAAAUAAUAUGA